AUGGUCCAGACACGUCUGUGGCAGCUCACGCUCAUUUUCAUCCUCUACACCGGGGCCCUCGUCUUGGCGGCUCCUACGCUUAAAAAACCGCUUCCGAAGAGAGACUUCAUCGACUCUCCCAAGAACCCUAUUGUUGUCACUCCUUUUCAACCACGACACCACCGUUUUAAGCGCCCUACCCAUGCGUAUCCCCUCGCACAUUCCCCUACCACGUCCUCCUUCCCACCUUCACCCAUCGAACCGGACCUCACCGCCGCAUCUCCUCAUGUAAAGGCAGAAGGGUGGCUGGUACAAAUCCUCCGCAUAUUCAGUGCUUGGCAUCCGUUUCCCGAGAACCAGAUUGCAGAGGGGUCGUCGCAUAAGCGAAUCAGGAGAUGGCGUCUGGUUGGCUCCAAGAGGCCUAUGAGAGAUCUCGUGUUGGUCAAUGACGUGGAUGGGUCCGGAAGGAGAUUAGUGGAUAGGGGAGGCGACUUGAUCAUCCAGGAGCCGCAACUGAAAGGUUUCCAAUGGAGGGGCGCUGAGGAAUUGGAUGAUGAGACAGAUGAGCCGUAUUACUGGUAUUGA